AUGUAUUGAAGUUUAAUGGCUUGGUGUGUCGUUUCUCUUUCUUUACCUUCGUCUGCAACUAGAAAUGGAAGAAUCCCUUCAAUUUUGACCACCCAAUUGAAACUUUCGACUUCCGGGUCUUGCAUUUCUCAAUCGAACACUAACCAAGUGGAGCAGCCAAAUCCCAAACCCAAACCCAAAGCCCUGAGUUAAGGUUUGUUAACCCAAAUCAAAAGAAUGCUUCUCUUGAAUCUUGAUCUUCUUCUUCUACAGCACCAUCGAUUCCUGUCUCUUUGAAAGGUUUUAAGCGUUUCUGGUGUUAAGAUCCUCUAAUGGUUGUUGUACAGGCCACCAAGCUUAGCCUCCCUAACCCUUCUCUCUCGUCCCCUCAUAUCACUUCCUUUCUCUUUGAACCCCAUUCCCUUUCUCUUGCUCUAAUGCACUCUGAUUCUUCUUUCUCUCUCUACCCUUCAUUUUCCCCUUUCUUUCUCUCCUCCCUUCCGGCCCCUCAACUGGUUGUGCCUUCUCCCUCUUCUUCUGCGGCCUUCGUUGUCCUUCGGAAUUCUGAUUCCAACUCUGAUUCUAAAGUUCUGUUUGUGGUCUCUGGCCCCCAUCAGGGCGGCUCUCGAAUUCUCCUCCGGUUUUAUGUUUUGGAGACUUGUAAUUUGUUCAGGAGAGUUCGAGUUGUUUGCACGCAGAAGGAUCUUCGAUCUGAUGAUAAAUUGGGUGUUUUGGUUAAUUUGAGACAUGGGCUUUCGGUUCGUUUAGCUGGGUCGGUCAAUUUCUUCGCCAUGUACUCUAUUUCGAGCUCCAAGAUAUGGGUUUUUGCGGUGAAGAUGGUGGCCGGCGGUGAUGGUAGGGAUGAUGUGAUGGAUUUGAAAUUGAUGAGGUGUGCUGUGAUUGACUGCUGCAAACCCAUUUGGUCGAUUAGCAUUUCUUUUGGGUAUUUGCUUUUGGGGGAAGAUAAUGGAGUUAGGGUUCUUAAUUUGAGGCCUUUUGUGAGAGGGCGCGGUCGAAAAGUUAGAAAUCUGAAUGCCAAACGUGAAGUUCAGAAGUCAUUUUUGCCUCAUGGAGAAGUUUAUGGAACUUCUGGUGGUACCGACUUGAAUGGUGGUUCCCUUUUUGUUGGCAACAAUGGACUCAACGAACAUGCCAGUAAAAGUGAUGAUGCUCAAAGUUCAGCGAUUUGCAAUGGAUCCUUGGAUGGGAAGUUGGACAAACAUUUUGAUUCUGUGAGAGCAAGAUCUGUAAAAUUGAGACAAGAUUCGAGCGAAGGAGGACUAUAUUUUGUGGCGCUGAAGGGCAGAGGAAUUGAAGAUCUGAGAUCUGCAAAAAUGAUGCCAUUAAAGGCAUUAUCAAUUCAAGCACUUUCUCCCAGGAAAAUCUUAAUCCUGGACUCUGUUGGUGAUUUACAUCUGUUGCACCUUGCUAGUAGUGCUAAUGGAUCAGAUUUUUCGUACAAUAUUCGACCAUUGCCUCAUCUAAUGAAAGUUCAAACGCUGACCAGCGUUCCUGAUACAUCCAUAAGGAAUCAAACUGUCUGGCUAUCUGACAAGCAACAUUCAGUUCAUAUGAUGAUGAUACCUGAUGUUGAUUCUGAUGUCCCUGAAAAUAGGGGAAAUGAGAGCGAGGAAGUCCCGAUGAAAAAAAUAUCAGAUAUGCAAGUUAUAUUUGCUGGUGAAAAGAUUCAAGAUAUAACAUCCUUGAGCACGAAUGCUGUUUUAAUUCUUGGACAAGGUAAUUUCUUGUUAUUCGUAUCGAAAUUCCUGCAAACACUUUGUUGUUGUAUGUGAAAAAAUUGAUCUAUGCUGCAUGCUAUCAUUGCUUGUGUUUUAAAGAUUAUGUUGCAAAUGGAACUACCCUGCCUGCUAUUUUGAGUGCCUGUAGUGUUUGAUUGGCUGCCAAACACCAUUUUAUUUUUUAAAGUACUUUCUGGAUAUUCGAAAAAGGAUCCCAAAUGCACUACUAAUUUGGAUUUGGUCUAAUCAAUAUAGAGAGACUUUUAUCCAGUUUAACCAUGGGUUGUAGGUUCAAAACGUGGAGGCUCGGGGACAUGAGAAACUUUGUGCGCAUCCUAGUUACGUCAUGUAUGUUUUUAGGGUCAACUGGUAGUUCCCUUUUGCCUUUUCUAAUCCAAUGAUCAAUCAAAGGUUGGAGAGCUUUCUUUCAGGGCUACUAUUAUAUUUCUCUAAUUGUAA